AAACUCCAGUUCAUCAUCCCCUUUCAAUUAUCUGCUGGUGCGAUGAGGAUGAAAGUUGAAUGCUUUACCAGUAAGAGCGCGAUUUCGGCAGCAAUUAACCGCGGCUUUCACUCCGGCGUCGUUUCGAAAGGCCGUCGGAUUCAGUGUGUUUCCAAUUUGAAUUUGAGUGGUGGAGAUUUUGUGUCAAAAUUGCUUGAUAGAAGAUGGGCAUUGCCUGCCCCUGAUGCCAAAAUUCACCAAAUAGUGUUUUCUAGCAACAAAGUAGCAGAGCCAGGCAAAGCCUUGUCUGAUGUUUCCUUCUCCAACAUUACCAACCCAUCUUUUAUGAUGAGCAAGAAUGAUCAAGAACCGUCUUUUUUUGUUGUGAGGGAUGAUUUGUUGCAUCCUUUGAUAAAUGGUAAUAAGGCGCGAAAGUUGGACGCGCUGAUUCCCCUCGUGGAAGAUCAUUCCGUGACUGAUGUGGUCACAUGCGGAGGCUGUCAAAGCGCACAUACAGCAGCUGUUGCUGUUUCAUGUUCAGAGAGAGGACUAAAACCACACUUGCUUCUACGAGGGGAGCAGCCAGAAAUACUGACCGGCUAUAACUUGAUUUCAACAGUGUAUGGCAGUGUCACAUAUGUUCCGAGAUCUCUGUAUGCCAACAGGGAAAAGAUGCUAAAGAGCCAUGCUGAUGAUUUGGCAGGCAGUAGUAGUAGUGUCGUAUGGUUUGAUGAUAUUUUGGAGGCUUCUUUGAGAGAAGAUGAUGGUUCUCAGAAUUUUUUGCAAAAGGAUGCUUGGAGGAGUGACCGUCCUCGUAAAAUUGCAAUUGUUAACGAAGGUGCAGGAGAUGUUGUAGCAUUACUAGGUCUGAUUCGCCUAGUGCAGUACUUAUCCCAGAAUCACUUACUUGGGAAAGAGAGGCCCUUGAGAUUUGUUGUAGAUUCUGGAACUGGGACAACUGCUGUUGGUUUAGCACUUGGAGCCAUAUGUUUGGGGCUUCCAUGGGAGGUUACCGCAGUGAUGCUAGCUGAUACAGUUGACGGGUAUAAACAUCAGGAGAAGCGCUUGAUUUCCGAUUUCAAGAGGCAUUUUGGUUCUCAAAUUGACAGCUGCUUCGAUGAAAUGGAUAAAGGAAUUGUGCACUGGGUAGAACGUCGCCAUCCAAGAAAGUUUGGCAAUGUUUUAGAAGGGGAAGUAGAGGCAUGCCAACACAUUGCACAACAAACCGGUAUUUUGGUGGAUCCAGUGUAUACACUCGCUGCGUGGGAGAUGGCAACAAUCCUUCGUGAACAGGAAGCAGAAGGAGGUGCAACGGUGGUGAUGAUUCACACUGGAGGCACUCUAGGCUUGUUUGGAUUAGCACAGAGGUACAGAUCUUACUUCUCUAACCUCAAAACUGGACUGUCCAAGUCGAGAGGGAGUUGAGUCCACUGAAUUCACUUCAACCGUUUAAGGCAUUUGUAUCUCCAUUGUACUUUCAUCCAACCUUCUGUAUCGAAAUUGAUAAAUUAUAGAGAAAUGUUCGACGUCCAAACUAGUGUCAUUUUACACAUACGAGCUUCUUUUGUCUAAAUUGGAGCGAAUCGAACUCUGGAUGUAUCUUAAUCUUCACCUAUUACAGCGGUCGGGCCAACUCCGAGGGCUUAUUAGACCUAUGAGUUUAUUUGGUA